AUGACGUACGUGUGCACGCACAAUACAGCACCGUCGGUGAGCAGCAUAAACCGGAUCCUGCGGAACCGAGCGGCGGAGCGGGCGGCAGCGGAAUUCGCGCGAUCCGCCCACGCCGGUUUCUCGCUCUUGCCGCCUGGGUUGGGCGGGAGGCUUCCGUGGCCACCCCCGUUGCACUUCCUCUGGCCUCCCGCAGGACCUCCUGGGCAUCCACCACCCCACGCCCACAUCCCUCCGCUGGGGCUCGCACUCCAUCCGCUUCACUGUCCGCCCUUCCAUCAGAUCUCACACGCGAACUCUUCCUCGCCCGAUUCCAAAUUCAAGGUCUCUUCAGAGGAUGGAUCGGACUCGACCGGGGAGGACGGGGAAAAAUCUGAGGAAAGUUCAAGCGAAUCGCAUUCCAGGGCCCCUCCAGCCUCCCUCUCGAACGCCCACUCCCACCACCAUCACCGCCGCCCCCACCACCACAACCAUCCUCCCCCCCAGCUCCCUCCUCCCCCCCCUCUCGUCCCCCUUCACGGACCUCCGUGUCCCUUGGAUGCCCCCAAGUUUAGGCGCAAUCGGACGACGUUCACCCCGGCCCAGCUGGACGCCUUGGAGAAGGAAUUCGAGAAGAGCCAUUACCCCAGCGUCGACGUCAGGGAGAUCCUCGCCGCCAAGACCAACCUCUCAGAAGCUAGAGUGCAGGUUUGGUUUUCCAACAGACGUGCGAAGUGGAGGAGACAUCAGCAACAGAACCGGCUUCGUCUCUUUGGCGACCCUUCGAACCCCCAACAGCAGCAACCGCAACCUCAGCCGGAAGAGGAGGAGGAAGGACAGCCACAACCAGCACGGCAUCGGACGCCGCCUUCGCCGAUGCGCGGAUCGCCGACCCUCACGCCAUCGCCAAGUCCUCCACCGCCGACCGUGAAGAUGGGCGGGGCCAACAGUGCCUUCGCACCACCCCCGAAACGCACUCCCACAAACGGCCCUGAGACCUUGUAAUUUCCC